GAGCUGCUACAGCGUAACACCGAGUAACUCCCAUGGUGCAGAGCCAGCAACAUUUCUCAUAAACCUUUUAUCCACUCUUUUAUUUUUAUUGGACAAUUAAAGUGACUGUUCUGAGGUGAAGCAGCAACGUCUUGGUGCAGUCGUCGUUCAUUUAACAAGUUCAGUUAUGGAUGAAGAGGAUGAGUGUCCAGAGCUGGUGCCCAUUGACCCGAAGCCUCCCGUGUCUUUGGGGCAAAUACCCGUCACUAUCAUCACCGGAUAUCUAGGUGCUGGAAAGACAACUCUUCUAAACUACAUCCUCACAGAACAACACAACAAGAGGAUCGCGGUCAUACUCAAUGAAUUUGGAGAAGGUAGCGCCCUUGAGAAGUCUCUUGCAGUGAGUCAAGCAGGAGAGUUGUAUGAAGAGUGGCUGGAGCUGAGGAAUGGCUGCCUCUGCUGCUCUGUGAAGGACAAUGGUCUAAAAGCCAUUGAAAACCUGAUGGAGAAGAAGGGAAAGUUUGACUACAUUUUGUUAGAAACGACCGGACUUGCCGAUCCAGGAGCUGUGGCCUCCAUGUUCUGGGUGGACGCUGAGCUCGGCAGUGACAUUUAUUUAGACGGGAUCGUGACAGUCAUCGAUGCCAAGUAUGGACUACAGCAAUUAUCAGAAGAGAAACCUGAAGGACUUGUCAAUGAAGCUGCCAGGCAAAUCGCUCUGGCUGAUUUGACUAUUAUCAACAAGACAGACCUGGUGAAAAACGAAGAACUAGCUCAACUCAAAGACACUGUGAGGUCCAUCAAUGGUCUGGUGAAGAUUUUGGAGACACAGCGAUCAAGGGUGGACCUCUCCGAAGUCCUCGACCUACAUUCCUUCGACAGUGAGAAUGUCGCAAAUUUGUCUGAGAAGCUGCAGCUCAUGAGAUCGUCCCAUCCUCAUCUGGAUAAGAGUAUUUUAACGGUGACUUUUGAAGUGCCUGGGGACCUCUGCGAAGACUCUCUAAACAUCUUUGUCCAGGACCUUCUGUGGGAAAAGCUGUUCUGUAACAAAGACGGGCAACCCAUGACUGUCAUUCGACUCAAGGGCAUAUUAGCGCUGGCAGGUAAAGACCACCAGGUGAUGCUCCAGGGGGUCCACGAGCUGUACGAGCUGAAUGAAACGCCUCAGAUGUGGGAGGGGAACGCCCGGAUCAGCAGGCUGGUUUUUAUAGGUAGAAAUCUGGAAAAGGACUCUUUACAAGAACAGUUCAUGUCAAGAGUUUUACACAAACCUGACCAAUAGUUCUGGGAGUCACAUUUUUAUAAGAUGGUUUGAAUUUUGUAUUUAUGUUGGUUGUAAAUUGUACUAAUUUGCUCCUCAAAUUAUAUUAAAAUUAAAAUUAACUGCG